UUUUCCCUUUACUUUGUUUCUGUUUGCUUUUGCAGAGAGCUUAAAAUGCAUGAACUUUCCUUUCCACUUUCUUUUUCUUCCAUUAUUAUCAGUGUCAGUCAAUAGAGUAUGAUUAUUUCCUUCCGUUAAUGCUUAUAAGUAAUUUUUUCUGAGUGCAGAGAAUUCUGGGAUGAGGCCGCACACACUCAACAUUUUCCCUUCUCAGCCCAUGCAUGUAGAGCCAUCAUCAACAAUGGCAACCAAGGAAAAUACUGGAAAAUUUUCACCAGCUGCCAGUGUUUCCAAGAGAUCAUCAGAGCCGUCCAUGGUAUUGUCCAACCCUACAAAUGAUGUUGCUUCUGCUGCUCAACCAACCAAAGCAGUUAAGCGUGGGGGAAACCGCAAAGGACCAACUUCGAGUUCAGAGCAAGAAGGACCAAAAACACCAGAUCCUAAGGCUCUGAGGCGGCUUGCUCAGAAUAGGGAGGCAGCAAGGAAAAGCAGGCUUAGGAAAAAGGCUUAUGUUCAGCAGCUGGAGUCAAGUAGGAUUAAGCUUACUCAAUUAGAACAAGAAAUUCAAAGAGCAAGAACCCAAGGGAUUUAUUUAGGCGGAAGUUCUCUUUUAGGUGGAAAUCAAGGUCAGGUCCCUGUUGCUAUGGGAAACAUAAACUCAGAUGCUGCAGUAUUCGACAUCGAGUAUGCAAGGUGGCUUGAGGAGCACCACUGCCUAAUGGUGGAGCUACGAAUUGCAAUGAAUGAUAAUUUACCCGAAAAUGAGCUCCGAAUUUUUGUAGACAAUUGUUUGUCACACUAUGAUCAGCUAAUGAACCUCAAGAGUAUGAUUGUCAAGUCCGAUGUGUUUCACAUUGUCUCAGGCAUGUGGAAGACUCCGGUCGAACGUUGCUUCAUGUGGAUAGGAGGUUUCCGACCAUCUGAAGUCAUCAAGGUACUUACAUCCAAAUUAACCUUUACUAGUCGUAAAAACCCUAGCUAG